AUGUCAAGUAAAAGUAGGCUUAUACACGGUAAUUUAUUGAUUUGUAGACCCUUGGCGGCUCACGAAAUAUUAAGUAUUCUGGAGGAGGGUGACAGCGAAGAUGAUCAUCGUGAACGUUUGUUAACCAUUCUACCGCCACCAGUGAAUGUCAACUGUCCCACUGAUGAAGAUUCAGGGGAUGAAGACCAGGUUUCUGUAAACAAUUUGCCAAGAAAUAUUUUGUUACAACCUGCUUUGUUAACUGUUCGUGGCGAAGUUUCCGAUUCGGACGAUGAACCGGUGGAACCUCCAGUAAAACGGAAGAAAAUCAGAUAUUCUUGGAAGAAGCAAGAUCUGGUCAAACCUCAAAUAGAGUGGCCUUGUAUCCAAGGAGCUGCCCAAGAAAAGAGUCCAUUGGAGUGGUUUGAAUGUUUUUUCGAUGAUAGAGUGAUCACGUUAUUGGUUACUGAAACUAAUAAAUAUGGUAAAAAAAAUCAACUAGGUGAUAUUACUGCUGGAGAAAUAAAAUGCUUUAUUGGAAUUUUGUUAGUGAGUGGCUAUUCAUGGCAUCCACGAAGAAGAAUGUUUUGGGAAAAUUCUCCUGAUAGUAAAAAUGAAUUGGUUUGUUCGGCAAUGUCCAGGGACCGGUUUGAGUUUAUUUUCCGCCACCUCCAUGUAAACGAUGACUUGAAUCCAGAUGAUAAGUACACUAAAAUAAGACCUAUUCUUUGUCUGUUAAAUGAGAGGUUCUUAGCUUUUGCACCUGUGGAAGAACAUUACAGCGUUGAUGAAGCUAUGAUCCCAUAUUAUGGUAGGCAUGGAUGCAAACAACACAUCAAAGGUAAGCCUAUUCGAUAUGGAUAUAAGUCCUGGGUAGGAGCUACCCGGCUAGGAUAUGUCUUGUGGAUGGAGCCAUAUCAAGGAGCAACUACAUUGUGUAACCCCAUUUAUAAAGAUUUAGGUCUUGGAGCCAGUGUAGUGUUAACCUUCUGUGAUGUACUUACUUCCCGUGGUUACAAUCUUCCAUAUCAUAUCGUUAUUGACAAUUUUUUCACUGGAACACCACUGCUGGAAGAAAUGACAAAAAGAAGAUUUCGUUGUACUGGAACAAUCCGGGAAAACAGGACAGCCAGUUGCCCUCUUAUUGCAUCUAAGCAAUUGAAGAAAAAACAAAGAGGGUCUAUAGAUUACAGAAUUACAGACGACAAUAAAUUCAUCAUCGCUAAGUGGCAUGACAAUAAUAUAUUCAGCAUUGCAUCCAAUUCGGUUGGGUUGAAUCCUAUGCAGCCUGCAAAGAGAUUUUCCCAAAGUGAAAAAAGGAAUAUAAUCAUUGAGGAGCCGCGACUUGUGUCUAUUUAUAACAAGUAUAUGGGUGGGGUGGAUCGCUCAGAUGAAAAUAUUUCUCACUACAGAGUAGGCAUCAGGGGCAAGAAAUGGUAUACGCCACUACUGACUCACAUGAUCGACUUGGCAGAACAUAACGCUUGGCGAUUAUAUAAAGACAAUAACGGCAAUUUAGACCACCUUGGCUUUCGUCGUCGAGUUGCAACUGCUUUGAUUGAAAUCAAUCGAGAAAAAUCAAAAAGAGGACCCAGUAGACCGUCUGUGAAUGAGCAUGUUGAUUCUCGAACGGAUAAUAAAGGGCAUCAUGUUAUCCCUCAAAGCAAGCAAACUCGAUGCCGCAAAUGUCACAAGAAAUGUUUGACUCGCUGCAAGAAAUGUGAUGUUGGUGUUUGUGUAAAAUGUUUUGAUGAUUAUCAUACUAAAUAA